AUGCCCACCCGGGUGCGCCCCAAACAGUUGGCCUCCAACGGGGGUCUCGACUGGCCCCUCGAAAUCGAGAAGGGGGAGGCUGGGCUCCACCUCCAGUGGUUCCCCAGGAGGUUUGGGUUCCUGCUCCCCCUCCGACUCCGGACCCAACACCUCAAGAAACACCAGCAGAGACCCACAGGGAAGAAACCUCACCAUUGCUCUGACUGUGGGAAGAGUUACUCAAGCUCAGAGUUACUAAAAGCACACCAGAGACAUCACACUAGAGAGAAACCUUACAGCUGUGAUCAAUGUGGGAAGAGUUUUUUUAAACCUAGCCAUCUUAAAAUACAUCAGAGAACACACACCGGAGAGAAACCUUUCCACUGCUCUGACUGUGGAAAGAGAUUUGUUACAUCAGGAUGUUUAAAAUCACACCAGAGAACACACACAGGAGAGAAAUCUUAUAGCUGUAAUCAAUGUUUGAAGAGUUUUUUAAAAGCUAGCCAUCUUAAAAUACAUCAGAGAACACACACCGGAGAGAAACCUUUCCACUGCUCUGACUGUGGAAAGAGUUUUGUUUCAUCAGGAUGUUUAAAAUCACACCAGAGAACACACACAGGAGAGAAAUCUCACUGCUGCUCUGAAUGUGGGAAGAGAUGCACCUGUUUAGCAACCCUCAAAAUACAUCAGAGAAUCCAUACAGGAGAAAAACCUUAUAGCUGUGAUCAAUGUGGGAAGAGUUUUAGUCACUCAAACAGCCUGAAAUCACACCAGAGAACACACACAGGAGAGAGACCUUAUAGCUGUGAUCAAUGUGGGAAGAGUUUUAGUCACUCAAACAGCCUGAUAGUACACCAGAGAACACACACAGGAGAGAGACCUUAUAGCUGUGGUCAAUGUGGGAAGAGUUUUACUGGAUCUAGGCCGCUGACUAUACACCAGAGAACACACACAGGAGAGAAACCUUAUCGCUGUAAUCAAUGUUUGAAGAGUUUUUUUACAGCUAGUGGUCUUAAAAUACAUCAGAGAACACACACCGGAGAGAAACCUUUCCACUGCUCUGACUGUGGAAAGAGUUUUGUUUCAGCAGGAUGUUUAAAAUCACACCAGAGAACACACACAGGAGAGAAACCUCAUAGCUGUGAUCAAUGUGACAAGAGAUUCUCUUAUAAAAUAUCUCUGAUUAAACAUCAGAAAAUUCAUACAUGAAGGAGUUGUUUCAUGAUAUCAAUGAAAUAAUGUCACAAUGUAGAACGUCUUUAACAUUGAAAGUGUUGCGUUACACUUACCCCGUUGGCGACCCACUUUAAUCAAAAUGCAACACUUCAAAAUGUAGCUAGCUGUUUUCUACAAAUUGUCCUCUGACCAGUGAUGUACACAUUAUUCCCAGAUUCCGUGUGGUUUUUGAGCUAUUAGGUUUAACAGGACGUGCAACCUCAUCUCCCCCCUCUCGCGCAAUUGAUUUCAAUAUAUAAUAAGUGUUGCGUUUUUCUUAGUUUUGGGGACCCCUACAUUGAAAUGCAUCACUCCAAAAUGUAGCUGACUGUCUUCUGCAGGUUGUCCUCUAACCAGUGAGGUAAAAGAUAUCUCCCAUUUACAUGUGUGUUUUUAGUUGUGUUAGUUUCAACAGCACAUAAAAAUACCAGUAAUUUAAUUACUAUUGUGGCACGUUUUUUAAAUAUAUUUUUUAUAGGGUAGAUCAGCUUAAUAUUGCAGAUAGAUUGUAACUUCCAUCAAUG